AUGCCGCAGAGUCCAACAGGAGAUCCAUUCGCCGCUCCGGCGCACGCCUUUGUGCAAUCACAAGCCAAGACCACCGAAUUGCUCCCACCACCCUCGCCGCGAACGCACCGUCUGCGCAAACUGCAGUCGGCACACAACCUGGGUUCGAAGGCCGCUCUUCAACUGCAGCCCCAGCAUCAACCCUCAUUGAUUGCGCAGCAGCGCCUGACACAACGCAACAUCUCGCCCACUCGUCGCGAUCCGAGUGCAUCUUCCACAGUGACCCGACAUACGCGAGGACGAUCCAACAGCGAUGCGCCGGCUCCAGUGGCGCACCACAUGACCGCCCUGGCCUCCAGCAAGCGCAGCAUGAUGGGUAUCAAUCCCAAGUACGCGACCAUGUCUCUUCAGCAACUCAUAAAGGAAGGACCGCCUGACGGGGACACUGUCGAGGCCCUGGGCAUGGCCCGCCGUAAGGUGCUGAGUGAGGGCAUCAAGAGCGACAGCGAUGGCAUGUCAACGCUACGUAUCUAUGUCUGGCUGAUCCUGCUGGACACUCCCGUACUCCCGACCGACGACUACCUUGGCCUCAUCCAUCGCGGAGCCUCCCCGGCCUACUCCAAGAUUCGCAACGACACGUUCCGCACUCUCACGACCGAUCCCCUUUUUAGAAGACGUGUUAGCGAGGCCAGCCUGAUUCGCCUCCUCAAUGCCGUGGCCUGGCGUCUACAUGAUUUGCGAGAGGAGCAGCGGAGGGAACGGCCGAGCACGGGCAGAAGCUCAAUUUCGCAGGACAGCUCGACAUCGACGGCGACAGCCCACUCGCAGAACCCGGCCUCGUCACCGGGCGCGAGGAACCGAGCAAGAGCUCUGACCUUGACGACGGAAGGUUCCGAGACCAGCCAUGCGGGGGAACCGGGUACGUACGUUCAGGGAAUGAACGUUCUAGCCGCCCCAUUCCUAUACGCGGCAAGGAGCGAGUCCGAGGCCUUCAUCGCAUUCUACACCUUGCUGACACGCGAGUGCCCUGGCUACAUCCGCGGCGCCAUGGAUGGCGUACACAAGGGUUUGGCUUUGGUUGACAAGGUACUCGCCACUGUCGACUCCAAGCUCAGCGGGUACCUCCACUCCAAGGGUCUGACGGCCGAGAUCUACGCAUUCCCUUCUGUUCUCACAUUGUGCGCUUGCACCCCGCCGUUGCCCGAGGUGCUUCGCUUGUGGGACUUUCUCUUUGCUUACGGGCCUCAUCUAAAUAUUCUAUGUAUCGUCGCCCAGUUGAUGGGCAUGCGUGAUCAACUGAUGAGCUCUCCAAGCCCUAACAAGCUGCUCCGCUCAUUCCCUUCGCUGCAGGCCGAUAAGGUCAUUGAGCGCACGCUCUGGAUCAUAGAGAGAAUACCAGACGACACCUACGCGGCUAUCGUAGUGCACGCCCACUGA